AUGGACAUUCCCACUGAUACCGUCAAAGAACGUACGAGGCAUACCAGAGCUUAUAAGAUUCCAGAUAUUGAUGUUUCGGGGUUGAUAGGUUUGAGUUCUCGGUUGAAAGGGGAGGUUCUCCGUGACUUCAAUCAUGAUUAUGGCAAUUUGCUCUCCAUCCUCAAUACAUCUUUCGAUCCAAUGGCUUUGAUCACCCUGUUUCAGUUCUAUGAUCCACAGUUGAGGUGUUUUACAUUUCAGGACUAUCAACUAGUGCCAACACUCGAGGAGUUUUCUUACAUACUCAACAUCCGAGUCACUGAUGAUGUACCUUUCAUUCGAGUUCUCGAGGUUGUGAGAUUUGAAAAAAUAGCUGAAGCUCUUCACAUGGGUAUAAAGGAGGUGGAAAGAAAUUGGAAGUCAUCGGGCGGUGUUUCUGGUUUCUAUCUUUGCUUUUUGAUUAGUAGGGCUGAGGAUGCGGCUAAGAAGGAGCAGUGGGUUAAUUUUAGUCGUUUGCUUGCUAUCAUGAUUUAUGGUAUUGUCUUAUUCCCUUCAAGAGAGAACUUUGUGAGUUUGGCGGCGAUUUGUGUCUUUAUGAACAAAAACCCCGUGCCAACGUUACUUGCAUAUGCUUAUUUUUCGAUCCAUUCGAGAAGUAAGAAGGGUGGAUAUGUUGUUGGCUCUUGUCUUCCAUUGUUGUAUCAGUGGUUCAUGUUGCAUUUGCCGGUGAGAGGACCUUUUGUGCUCAAGAAGUGUUCUCUUAAGUGGUCAGAUAGGAUUGUUAACCUCACAUCUUAUGACAUCAGGUGGAACUAUUGUGUGGGGAAGAUUUGGAACAUCAUCACUAGUUGCGGUCAAUAUCACAACGUUCCUCUCAUGGGAACCAGAGGUUGUAUUAGUUAUAAUCACACGCUCGCCUAUCGUCAAUUGGGAUAUGCAAUGGAAAGGGCUCAGAAUGAUGUAGAAGCGUUUGAAUCAGUGUACUUUGCUGAUGGUAAAGAUCCUCUGGAGCUAGAGAAGAUAUCGUAUGCUUGGACUAAAGUCCAUAGAAGGGAUCAGAUUACUUUGAGCUAG